CGUCCAACUUUCUUCUCCUCUCCCCCGGAAGAAGAAACUGGGCGAGUCCGUGUGCUUAGAGAGAGCAAUGGCGGCCGCGCUGGCUCGCCCGAGAGAUUCGUGACCACGCGUUUUGUCACUUCCUCUUAGUCCAGCGCUGAUUUUCCCGCCUUGCCUUCCGCCGAACGAUAUUUUCUCGUCCUCGAUCCGGAUGGAAUAAAGCGCGACCGCUCGCUCGCUCUCUCGCGCGCAGGAUAAUCGCGUCAUCUCGCGAUAUCGCCCAUAUACAUAUAAAUAUAUAUAUAUACACAUAAUAUAUAUGUCGAUGUGUGCGUGAGCGAGCGCGGACGCGUGUGCGUCUUACGUGCAUGAGGGAUUGUUGAGGAGAGUGUAUAUAUAUCGUGAGUGUACAUAUUCAUGACGAUCGGCCUCGAGACUGUGUCGGAACACGUCGGAACGAUACCGUCACUUCCGAUUGUUGUUGAGUUUCCACCGAUGCCAGGUAGGUGACAUGCCUAGCACUCGUGAUAUCGAACGGGCGGAACGUAAUGGGAGAUUUCGCUCGCGAAGAAGAGGCAGCACGAGCAGCGACGUGAACCGACACACCUUUGACGGUGCUGAUAAGCGACACAGACGGCAUGGCAAGAGCAAGAAUUCCGGGAAGAAGAAGAAGAAACGUUCCCGCGACAAAUCACUGGAGAAUGUGCCUACUGUAGCUUCUUCAGUUGUCAAACCAUUAGUUGAGUACUCCGACGUAAGCAGCGAGGAUCUUUCUGAGCCGGAAGCCGGAGAGAUACAAUCGGAGGAUAGUCGCGCCAAUAGUUACACGGAUGGGGAAGUACCUGAAUCGCUUCUUCAGAGGCGAUACUAUGGCGGUAGCCCGGUACCUCGAGCCCUCGGUGCGUCACCCAUCAGCCUGUCGCCGUCACCACCGGUUCAUCGACACGCCAUCGGUAGAUGUUACUCGCCGAAUGAGCAGCAGCAGCCAGCUACGAUGCACGGUGCAACGACGCCGGAAUACGAGGAGGAAUCGAGACGAUACGCCCGGCGAAAGGAGAAGAAGCACAAACGCGAGAAGAAGAAGAAGAGGAGUCUGAGCCCGUUGUCGAAUUCGGGGAAAAAGAAGAAGAGAAAAUCCAAGAGACAUUCCGUCAGCGUGAGUCCGCACCACGCUGUCGGCGAGGACGUUCUGAGUCCGGAUCGCGAGAAGCAAUCGUCGACGGCCGGUCCCACAAAUUGGUCGGAAUCGCCGCCGUUGCCGUUGAAGGACAGCACGUCGCCGAUCUCGCCGGCGACUCCGCAGGAGCACCGAUGUCCCAGCGACGACGUGGACCUGGAGAUGUCGAGGCAGACGUCGCGCAACGUGACGCCACCCUCUCUCCUGCAGACACGGCAAACGGAAUCGCCGCACACGCCGCUGUUGCCUCCCCGCGCCACGACGCCGGAGAGCUUGAACAAGGUCAUGUCCUCCAUGCCGAAACACAGUCCCGAUCGGCAGAAACGUAGUCCUAGUAUUCACGUGAUGCGACGUAGCAGCAUGAGUCCGACGCCCAUCGGUUCGAGUCGUAGAAGACCGCAUAGUCCCAGUCCACCGUCGAGACGCAGGGAUCAUAGUCCGCCUCCGCGAAGAAGAGACUUCAGUCCCACUCCGGUGCUUCAUAGACUCAGGCACAGUCCGAGUCCUACCGCGGUUAGACGACGAGAGUUUAGCCCGAGCCCCGUGGGCAGUCACAGGCGGAGAACGGAUAGCGUCAGUUCUCCUAAGCGCAGAAGGCGAGACGAAUCCGAUCGACGCCACCGUCAUCACGACAAGGAUAGGCGGGACAAACGGAAAUCGAGAUCAACUAGGAGUCCUACUGGAAGCAGAUUACAUCUGCCUUUGUCUCGAUCGCGGUCUCGCAGUCCACAGGCAAGAUGGCGAAAGCUAUCUCGUUCAAGGUCGCGAUCGCGCAGGAGGAGCCGCACUCCGAAGAAGUCGCGCUCACCCAGCAAAUCUCACAAGUUGCUUAGAAAACACAAAUCGAAAAGUCCGCGUCCUCGAAUACCUUCUCCUUCCCCUCAUAGAUCGCGGGCCAGAAGUCCGUCGAGCAUCACCGCCCGAAAUCUUCGAGUACAGGCGAAGAUUAGCGAGACUAGUCUGUUCGCAGAGCUCGUGAAGGAUCGAAAUAUGAGGGAGCUGGCGUACAAGAAGUUACAGGCCGCGAAGGAGAAAGCUGUGAAUCAGGAUGAAGUGCAGAUUAUAGAGGGUACCGACGAGAGGGAUGGCGGCAGCAACGUGUCCUCCGAGAAUAAAACUUCCUCCACUGACAAUAAGGACAGACCUAUCAAUCACAAGGAGCAACAAGCGAAGGCUCCCGAGAGCGCGGUCGACGUUGUCGACAUUCCCGUCCCGACGACAAGCGACGAUGGUGUUUUAGCGGGCAAAACACCGCCGUUGCCACCCAUCGGUCAAACAUCUGUCGCAGCUGUUGCAUCCAAUCCGACGUCCGGCGUGGUGGCAAAUCCCCUUGUUCCUCACACGAUUAUACAUACCUCGCCCAAUACAUCAUCAUUAUCGUCAUCGAUGCCACCCAAUAACUGUCCAAUCACCAUAUCGCACAGCCCGAAUUUUUCAGCUCCCGCUCCUGGUGUACAGCCGCCGCUACCGCCUCCACCACCACUGCCGCAAUCCGUCGAAGCCGUGUCGACAGUCUUACCGCAAGUUCCUGCGCCCGUUGUGCCCAUGUCGGUGCCGCCGAUUCCACCGGCACCGACUUUACCCAACAUGUCUGUCCCACCGCCACCGAUUCCUGUUCCGGCGCCCACAAUUAUGUCCAAAUUCAAUCCGCCUAACAAUCUUGUGCCACUGAAGUCGGUGGAUCCUCCCAAACCUCCCAUAGUAACGUUCACGACCAAAAGUCUGAAGAGAUUACCAAUGCCACCCGGCAUCAAUCAGAACGAUCUGGAGAGCAUAGAUUCCCCGCCGAGUCGAUCUCCAACUCCUCCCAGCAAAACGCAGUCCAAGUUUGCAACGGUAUCGACGCCGAAGCCACCGCAAAAGAAGGGCAUCAAGGAUCUGCCGAUGCCACCAGUUGUACCUGGAUCGGAAGACUUGAGUGGCGAGGACGAUCCGAAUGCGACGCCGCCACGUUUGAAGCUUGAACGAGUGGCGCCAAAACCCAAGCUGAAGAGACCGAAAAUACUAAAGCGCAGAGGAUCGCGAAAUUGUCAUGCUCCCAUGUCAGCCUCUGGCGGCAAAGAUUGGGGAGAACGAUGCGUCGACGUGUUCGAGUUUAUAACGCAAAUCGGAGAAGGUACUUACGGACAGGUGUAUAAGGCACGAGACAAACGAGCAGGAGUACUGGUAGCCUUGAAGAAGGUUCGCCUUGAGAACGAGAAAGAGGGCUUCCCCGUCACGGCGGUCAGAGAAAUAAAAAUUCUGCGACAACUGAAUCACAAAAACAUUGUUAAUCUUAGAGAAAUAGUCACCGAUAAGCAAGAUGCACUGGACUUUCGAAAGGAUAAAGGUUCUUUUUAUUUAGUUUUCGAAUACAUGGAUCAUGAUUUAAUGGGCCUACUGGAAUCCGGUAUGGUGGAUUUCAACGAGAUGAAUAACGCCAGUAUCAUGAAACAAUUGCUGGAUGGUUUGAAUUAUUGUCAUAGCAAAAAUUUUCUGCAUCGAGAUAUUAAAUGCUCGAAUAUAUUGAUGAAUAAUAAGGGCGAGGUUAAACUGGCCGACUUUGGUUUGGCACGAUUAUAUAAUGCGGAGGACAGACAGAGGCCAUACACUAACAAGGUGAUCACUCUAUGGUACAGACCUCCCGAACUUUUGCUAGGGGAGGAACGUUACGGGCCCGCAAUUGACGUGUGGAGUUGUGGGUGUAUCUUGGGAGAAUUAUUCUCGAAGAAACCGUUGUUCCAGGCCAAUGUAGAUAUGAUGCAGCUGGAGAUGAUUUCGAGGGUUUGUGGAACUCCAACUCCCGCUGUUUGGCCUUCUGUGAUAAAAUUACCGCACUGGCAUACACUUAAGCCAAAAAAGCAGCAUAGAAGACGUCUGAGGGAGGAUUUCUCGUUUAUGCCAGGGCCUGCCUUGGAUCUCCUCGAUAAGAUGUUGGAAUUAGAUCCUGAGAAGCGAAUAACGGCAGCCGACGCGCUCAAGAGCGCUUGGCUGAAGAAUGUUCAGCCUGAACAGAUGCCAGCACCACAGCUUCCGACUUGGCAAGAUUGUCAUGAGCUCUGGAGUAAAAAGCGAAAACGCUUAUUACGGGAACAGCAAGAGAGUGCUGCGGCGAAGAUGCCUCUUCUUCCCUUCCCGAAUAAAGGAGGUCCCCACAAGGACGAUUUAUCAGAUGUCGGAGGGUCCUCCAAGCGGCUAAAAAUGGAAGCGGGCUAUAAUUCACAUCCGAACAGGCUCGGUGCUGAAGGUCAUUACGGUGAAGACAAUUUAUUUAAUCAGAGUGGACCGUACAUAGUGUCUACGCCGUCGUAUUAUUUCAACAAUUCACCGCCCGUCAAAUCGCAAUCGAAUCUGAAGGGAGACAAUCAGCCAUUAGAAAUGUGCGCCGAAGGUAAUCUCGCCCGGAGGCUGAUGAUUCUUACCAAUUCCUUGAAUCAGGGAAAACCAAUUCGUGUCGACGACCUUCUGUCGCUUCGAACGGACCAAACUGAGUGUGAUCCCAAAGUGGUGCAAUUGUUGGGGGAUCUACGCGCGGAACUUCGUCUCGCUGCGAACGCCAGACCUGGUGGACAACUGGAUCCUCAUCUUCCCAUACUGAACCCGCCUCUAUUAGAUACGAACAUGCCGCACGGACCGGGUAACUUCGAUGCGCAUGCUGUGUACGCCGGCGACGACGCCGUGAGCUCCCACGGGAGGUGGUCGCAGCUGGCCACCGCUGGUGUCCGGAACGCUCUUUCGGCGCUUAUUUCGUAUUACGGUCUGGAUAACAUCUACACCAAUCCCGUCAGCUCCGCCGCCCCUGGGAUCGGCCGAUUACCGCCAGGUAAACCGCCGAUGCAGCCUGCAAACCUGGCACAGAAUAUUUUUUUGCCCUCGACUUCCUCGCAGCAAUCCGCGUUCAGCUCGUAAUGAUUUGUGCAAAGUCAUCAUGCGGUACCAAGGGCCUGCGUAUGGAUAUGUGCGCGCAAAAUCGCACGGAAGGGAUGAGAAAGAAGGAGAAAUUUAUAUAAAUAUAUCGCUAUUUUUUAAAUUAUACUAGCGAUAGGAAAAACAGGAGAGAAAGAUGGUAUCAUCCAUAUCAUCGAUCUGUUUAUAGCCUUCGUUAUCAUCACUCCGUUAAUUAUAAGUGCACACUCAGUGUAUAAUUGUGUAUAAAUUACGAUACGCGACUAGAUAUUUAAUUAGGAUGUACGAGUUCUCUCCCCAAAUGACAGUGGUAUUAUAAUCAUUAUAGUGCACACCUUGAAUUACUAACGAUACGGUUGUUUUUCAAAGUCAUCAUUCAAUCAGUCAUGGUGCUGAACGACGUUGUUCUCUGACAUUUCUUUCCCGCAUCAUAUUAUGAAAGAUCUGUGAUACACAUGUGUAUAUAAAUAUACAUACAUUACAUUUAGAUAUAUAUAUAAAUAUACAUAUACUGCGAGUGUAGAAACCUGAAUUUCUCAAAUGGAGUUCGAUCUUUCCCGACGCUUUGUCUCAUUCUCCGAUAAAGAAAAAAAAGACUUUCGUUCGCAAUACUCGACGCGAGAUCUCUAUAAGAUUUUGCAUUCUGUUUCUAUUGUAAUCACACGAAUAAGAGAGAAUUUUAUUUUCGAGAAAAGUUGAGCGAGACACGCUAGCAAGAAAGCUGGUUGAUUUGAGUAACAAUGUGGUGGUAACGCUAAGAAAAAAAUGUGAAUAUUUAUUUAUUGCUUAAGAUUUUUUAUAUAAGACGCUAGCGCUUAUUUAUUAUAAACGUAUUUACGGUGUACAAUGUACAUACUUAUGUGCUAAGGAUAUACAAUAAAGAUAUCGAUAGAAAAAUGUC